AUGGCGUCGGACCCAGCACCGUCCACGGACAAGUGGAUGAAUUUUCUGACGGAGGCGAAUCUCGACGACGACACCUACGUGCCCGGUGUGCUGCUGCCGUCGCAGCCUGCGUUAGAGCAGGUCGCGUGCAGCGCCGAGGGCGGCGGCGGCAACACGGAGGAAGGCGAAAAGACGGGUUCCAGUAGCAGGAAGAGGUCGCGGGAUGAGGGCGCGGCCACUGCUGACGUGUCAUGCAGCAAGGCCAACCGGGAGAAGAUGAGACGCGACCGACUCAACGACAGGUUCCUGGAGCUGAGCCGGUCACUGGAACCAGGGAAAGCUCCCAAGGCGGACAAGGCGAGCAUCCUGUGUGACGCGGUCCGCGUGCUCUCCCAGCUGCGCGCCGAGCGCGAGGCCCUCAAGGAGAGCAACGCGGCGCUGCAGGAGCAGAUCAAGGAGCUCAAGGUGCGAUGGGGGGCUGGCGGUCUAUGGGGGGGAGGGGUGUGCAGGGGGUUGUGCUGGGUGGGGAGGGGUUGUGGUGAUGAUGCUGCCCUCAAGGAGAGCAAUGCGGCGCUGCAGGAGCAGAUCAAGGAGCUCUCAAGGCUGAGAAGCACGAGCUCUGCUGAGAAGCACGAGUUACGCGAGGAGAAGGCUCGGCUGAAGGCCGAGAGUGAGAAGCUUCAGCAGCAUGCUGAGAAACAUGAGCUCCGUGAAGAGAAGGCCCGCCUGAAGGCGGAGAGCGAGAAACUGCAGCAGCACGUCAACGGUUCUGCUGCUAUUGAUAGUUCUCACAAGCAGCCCGUCCCCUCCCCACUCUUCCUCCCCUGUCCGUGCAGGCUGAGAAGCACGAGUUACCCGCACCCCCACGCUGCGGCCAUGCAUGCAGCUGCUGCUGCGUAUGCGGCUCAGAUGCAGCAGUGCCAGCAGAUGGCUCUCGGCACUCCCAAGGGAGCACACAUGGGAGGCAUGACCACUCCCAUGCCAGCUCCCAUGUCUGCUCCUAUGCCUACUCCCAUGACUGCUGCUGCUGUGUCGCACGCUGUGUCGCAUGCCGUGUCCCAUCCAGUGGGUCAGCCUGUGCCUCAGCCGAUGCAUCAGCCAGGGGUGUUUGCGGGCGGCCCGCCGCCCAUGGCCAUGUGGCAAUGGAUGGCGCCUACCUCAGUUGACACCUCCCAGGACCACAUGCUCCGGCCGCCUGUGGCUUAG